AUGGUUCGAAGAAAACCCGUACAACGGUACCAUAUGUUAAGAAGACGUUGGAAGCAUCCCAAUGCUUUCCAUUCCCAUCAGCUGAAACAAGCUCUGUUGAAUAAACUCUGCCCUGCGUUACAGGCUGAGGCUAUGAGAUCUGAUUGGCGCGAAUGGGAUUUGGAUAGAUUUAUUCAAUUCAUCCUAAAGUGCAACGAUGAUCUGGCAAGAAGAAAACGAAGGAAUGCUAAAAGGGUAAAUAUGAUUGCAAAUGUAGUACCCAUGCGACCAGAACCAAGUAUGGCACCAAGGCCGAACUAUCCGCCAAGACGUGAGACUCAACCACGAUUUUAUGAGGUGGGCGAUGAAGUUCUCGAGACGCCGCGAGGCACGACACAAGUACCGAAGGGCGUGGACAACAGACAAUGCAGAUGGUGUAAGUCCCCACAACACACCUCAAGAGAUUGUCCUACGAAGCCUUCCUGUACUGUGUGUGGAAAGAAGGGCCAUGAUGAGAAGAAUUGCUAUAGGGUGACACGUCAAGGAAAAUUAGCUACACAACACAUUACGGUCACACGCACGCCACAAGGUAUUAGCAUGGACUUGAAAGAAGAUACUUCGAACCUAGCCGUGCUGGAGAGUUUAGCUAAGUACUUCAACGACUCAUGCGAUAGGGUAAAAGAGCAGAAGGCUAAGGCCGCAGCUAAGAAGAAUGAACCAAUGGCGGGUGCGGUCAAUGUCGCGUCUGAACAAGAAAGCGGAGGUUUGUAUGGGCGUUUUGUUAUAGCCGACACGCAUGUGACGUGCCUGGUUGAUCCUGGUGCUGACAAGAACAUCAUCAGUUGGCAACAACUACAAACUCUACCGUUGGAAUACCGAUGUUUAUGGCGACCGAAUGAAGAUGGUGAAAUGAUGUUGAACUUUAUACAAGGCUCAUGCGAAGUAGUUGGAACCAUUAAUCUACCUGUGAUUUCACCUUUGGGAAAUGUUGAGAUGGAGUUCUGCAUUGUGAAGGACGCUAGAUUAAACAUCCUCGGUAAUCCGUGGAUGCGGACGUUGAGCGCUGCUAUUUGUUUCAAGAAUGACGAAGUCCGAAAUGAAGUUGGCCAACUACCCUUAUUUACGGGUGAGAUGGUUACCUAUGCUGAUGUCUUUAGCACUACACAAAGUGUUGUUGAUGUCAACAUUCUGUCGGACCUAAAACAGAAUCUGGGUGAAACUCUCAGUGACGCUACCAAGUCACGGAUAGUUGACAUUCUGGAGAAAUACUCGGAAGCAUGGAAGAAGACAAGAGUCGCGUGUUCAAAGAACUUUGUUUACCGUAUCGAUACUGGUGAGGCUACUCCCAUAGUUGAACCUCAUCGACAUUUCGCGCCGAAGACAUUAGAAGAACUGAAGCGUUUGACACGUGAGCUACUUGAGGCUGGGGCUAUUCGAAGAUCUACUUCAAAUUGGCUUUCACAACCAGUCAUAGUUGCAAAGAAAGAUGGUUCAAGUCGAUUAUGUGUAGACUUUCGAUCAUUGAAUGCGGUUACGAAAUCAGACCCAUUUAAUGCUCCCGACGCUGCUGCCAUAAUCCGUCAACUCGGACACUCAAAAUUGUUCGUAGUGAUGGAUCUAAAGAACUCCUUCAAUCAGAUGAAAAUCCAUCCUGACGACAGACAUAAGACAGCUUUCUGGACUCCACUAGGUCAGAUGGAAUGGCUUGGAGUACCGUUUGGAUUGUUGAAUGGAACGUCUGCCCUAGCCCGAUGGCUCUACCUGAACGUAAUCGACCUUGAAGGCAUCGCUGUUUAUGUUGAUGAUAUUGUCAUUCAUGCAGAUGAUGAAUCUACACUACUUAAAUACUUUGAAGCCAUGAUGAAACGUCUAUGUGAAAUUGGUGCCCAUGUUAAUGUCGGCAAAUGUAAGUUUGGCAUAGAAGAGAUUGAAUUCCUAGGUUUCAACGUAAAGGCAGGGAAGUUAACUCCGCCUGUCGAAUCCAUCAAUGCUAUUAAUGCGAUCAAGGUCCCGCAUGAUACUACUACCAUCCGAGUUUCAUACAAGGUUUUGCUGAAAUUGCAGGACCACUCUACGAACUACUUCAAAAAGAUACUACUUUCAAGAUGA